CUGGUAGUCUCGAAAUUCUACUCCAAUACGAAAAUCAUAUACUUUACUUUUGGUUUCGUUUUAGUCUUUUUUUACGAAACCUUAUGCCAACUUUGUUUUUCCAAAGUUCUUCAUACUGGACCCGGCAUCUCCGGUGUGAUUGGUCUCUCACAUCGCCCAGUCUUCGGCAUAUGGGCCGAGGUCGUCUCCACCAGCCUUCGUCUACUCGAGGCUGCCUCUUCCCUGCCUCCACAGGCAGUUUUUGGAGUGAAUCAGGCCUGGGACUCGCAGCUCAACUCCUCCACCUUUCAUUCUCACCGAUUAGUUUGUACGCAACGCUUUCUCGCCCGAGCCUAUUCGAACAAUUGCCUAAUGCCCGUGAUUUCUGAGGCUAUGCCAGGCAGUCGAGCUAGUCGAAAAGCCUCCAGAGAGGCUCGACUAAGCGCUUGGACGUGGGCACACCUCGAGCCCGAGUCUCAGCUCCGAAACCCUGCGUCUCCGCCUCAUCCCGCUUCCGGACUCGCUGUACACCCGUUCACACAACCCUUUCCCUCACCGUCCCAGACGCCUCUUCCCUCUGGUGCGGCCGAGCUAGCGAGUGCUCCGUUGCAUCCAAUCCAUGUUCUUCUCUUCUCCAACCCUGUCGGCCACAAUAGGGUUUCAACUGCUGAUGGAGUUUUCGCGUCAGAAAUGAAGAAAACUUCGGCAGUCGCUGGAGAAGACGAGGCGGAAAGAGCCAGACUACUGCUGCUACGCCUGGCGCUUGUCUGUCCGCCUGACAAUCUUCCAAAGCCGCUCAAAAUGGUACUUCAGCUAAUUGUUGAAUUGUAUGCAUCUCAUGAUUUGGAGGAUAACGGUUGUGUGGCCCCUCGUUUGCUCGCCAUAUCUUUCGCUGUAUGGAAGUGGCUUGAGCUCGUUUUGCAAUUUGGUUUUAUUGUCAGUACGACCUUGUUUGACAAUUGCUAA